UCGACUGCCGGACAAACGACAAUCCAAAUCCAAAUUUCCUAUCGAGUGUGCGUGUGUGUGUGGAAACAAUUGAGAAAGAUGCGUUUAGGAUUGAUUGCUUUGAUCGCUUUGUUUGUCGUUGUUUCGACAGUGGACAGCUUCAAAUGUCCGGAGGAAACGACCACCACAAUUGUGGAGAAGGUGUCCAUCCCGGAUAAACCAAAACUCCUGAAGGUGACGGUCACCUGCAAGGAUUUAAGCGGUAAACAAAUUGAAACGCACGAGUCCGAAGAGGAGAACAAGUUCGGCGACAACGUGCAGGUGCAGAGCAUCUCGUACAAAUCUUCGUAUUACUCGAGAGGAAACGGACAUGGGAUCAGGAUAAACGUGGGAAACGUCGACAACAAGAAGGACGUCGAAGUUUUGGAUGCUUUUGUUGGAGAAACGUUCGAAUAAUAAAGAUUUUUUUUUUGUUUUUAUA